AUGUUCUUGAUAUAUCUACUGCUCAUCAUGCUAACGCCCGGUGCCUGGGCGCGCGGAAUCACCAGCGCCGAAGGUGCAACCUGUUUGUUCAUUGCCAAUAACGCUACAAAUUUCCCGUUUGACUGCAAGGGAGAUGAUCUGGCGUACAAAUGCCGGUGUCGAUGUCCUGCGUUUUUGGGGUCGGUGCUGCUCUGUAUCGAGAAGUUCUCCAGCGACAGCUCCACUCUCACCAAAGCUUACGACUAUUUACUGGACGUUUGCGAAAACCAAGCCCUUGUCAAAUACAAUUUCACCGAUCUUGUCAAACAGAACGAAAACGCCUCCAGCUAUUACCUUGAACACGCGGAAAUCGCCAACUUGUCCGUCAUUCACCAUCCUAUCAUGUUUGAUGAUGAAAUGUAUAACACAACGCACCAAAGUGUCACUGUAUUAAUAAACCACAGAAAACUGGCAACCAAAUAUGGACACGCUUUGCUUGGCUACUGGGGGUGUGUUUUUCUAUCGGCGUUGUUCUUCAACAUCGCGCGAUGGUGCUUUCCCUAUUUGUUUUCCAACGUUUGCAACCUGAAAGCUGUCAAGUGGACUAGACGCCAUUUCAUAUCGUCCUUAGUGGUGAAACCUAUGCAGAUCCCAAAACCUUCCGAAAAGUGGCAGCACAAGCUACUCUUCUAUGUCCAAAAGUCCAUCUACCUGUUCCUUCAACGACUUCCAGUGAGAGUCCAUAUUCUCAUCAUUUGCACCUACAUUGCACUAGUCACCAUUCUGUGCUGCGUCAAUUACAAAAUAGUGGUACCAAACAGCGUGUUCCGCUGUCCUAGCGGACAAAAAUGGGUUAACAUAGCCGAUAGAACGGGUAUCAUUGCCAUCACCCAGCUCCCGCUCAGUUUCCUGUUCUCGGCCAGAAAUAAUCCUCUAUUGAUGUUGACGGGAACAUCUUAUAGAGAGUUCCAGAUGUACCACAAAUGGAUCUCGCGGGUGAUUUUUGUUCUGUUUGUUUUGCAUACCGCGUUCUAUCUGCUCUACGUGGAUACUCGCGGCGACUACAUCGCACGGUGGGGGCUGACGAAAUGGCGGUGUGCAAAUGCCGCGUUCACGGCCGUCACUUUGACAACGUUCUUUGCGUUUUUCCGGUCCCAUUUCUACGAAUGGUUCAAGAUGACACACAAGCUGCUGAUUGUGGUGUUUGUCGUAGGUGUCUGGUACCACUGCAUCACUUUGGGCUGGAUCGAGUACAUUGCUGCCUCGUUUGGGAUUUGGGCAGCAGAGUACGUUUUCAGAGUCGGCAAGGUCAUCAUCAGCGGAGGAGUCUUAAAGGGCAAGUGCAAGGUGUUGUUUGAGACGGUGAUGGACCAGAAUGGAUACAAACAGGUUCCGCAUUCCAUCAGAGUUGAGAUAAACCAUUCUGGCUGGUGGAGAGCGUUCCCUGGAGCGUACUGCUGGAUCUAUUUUUUGAAGAAGGACAUGUUCUGGCAAGCGCAUCCGUUCACGAUCGUCUCGUCCACAGCGGAGGAAAAUUUCAACCAGCUGGUGUUCAUUAUUAGGGUGAAGGAAGGACUUACACGAAUCCUGGCAGAUUAUAUUGCAACCACGCCCAAUAACGAAGCAUAUGUGCCGUUGGUUGUGGAAGGACCGUACGGAGCCACGAUUCCGUUCAAAGCAUAUAACCACUCGGUGUUUAUCGCUGGCGGUGUGGGAAUGACGGUUGUUUACACCAUUGCGCUGUAUCUUGCUCAGACUUAUAGAGCCCAGGUACUGCGGGGCCAUAAACUAAAAUCGGAAAACUCCAUCAGCAUUGUCUGGGUUGCGCCCAGCUUUGAGUCUCUGAUGAGUUUUAAAAAGGACAUUGAAAGCAUUGCGCCGUUUGAGGGACUUGUUGAGCUGCAGAUCUUCAUAACCCGAGAUAUCGUGGACCCCGAGCUGAAACUCGUUUUCGACCAGGAAACUAACAAAGAACUCCAGGAAAUGCCGUCUGUGCAUGAACAGAAAGACGACCUCUCGAUUAGCGAGUCUCUGGACCCGUCGUUGGCAGAGAAAAUCGACUUUUUGCAACGACUUCUCAGAGACGAGGUUGGUCACGUGAGCCUGAACGUUGGAGACAAGCCGGAUCUAAGCGCAGAGCUACCGUCGUACAUUCGGAGUUUGAACGGGGCCACUGCUGUCAUUGCGUGCGGGCCAUCGUCGAUGAAUGCAGACGUGCGACACUCAACCGUCGAAUGUCUCCGUGGCGACGAGAACGUGGACUAUUUCGAAGAGGAGCUGCUCUGGUGA